AUGCUAAUGGUGAUGAACAUGAACUUUAACGAUGCAUCUGAGGCUGGGAACCAGUCCACCGCCUCGGGCAUCAAAAUGUCACCAUCAGCGCCACAGCCCAUGCCCGCCAUGCCGUUCGCACCGUUCGCCGCGUCCUUUGGCACAGGCAAAAUAAAUUACAGUAAGACCAACACGGCCUCCAACUUCUGGACUCCGCCGUUCCAGUCGUUCGCAACGUCGACAGAAGGUAAUGUUGUGAUAGACGCUGAGCCCACAGCUCUCCCGACCCCGCUUACAGUGUUCGAUUUCAGAUAACCGAUCUACAGAGAACAACGAACAAAAGCAUUCACUUAACAACUCGAUCCAAGAGAGGAUAUCUCCACCGCAGAAUCUCUUCCAGACGCCGAACAGGUAACAGAUUUAUAACUACGUCUCGUACAUUUACUACCACAGUCUAUCACGAUGCUAUAUUUAGUGUUUUUUUCCUAUCAAAAAUAGUAUAAUGUAUAACUAACCAUCCUUCAUAUUUGUGUAAUGUUAGUUAGUAUCUUUAGUUUUUCUAUUUAAAAACACAUUUUUUGUAAAAUUUCACCAUAAAAAUGUUUCUAUUAACAUUAAAAUUAUUUUUUAUAAUUACUAUAUUACUUUAGUUACAACGCUUUCCCUCACAUGUUCAACCACAUGUCCCAAUCCUGUUACAAUGACUUGAGCUACAUGCAACAGCGACAACUCCAACAAAGCAUGAAUUAUAUUCCCACGUCAUUCAACGCUAAUCAAGGGUCGGCAUCUGAAGCCGCUGACCAUCAUCCUUCUACGCAGAACCAUCAAGAGCAAAACUCAACCUGCUCGUCCAGUAAUACGUCUCUCCCUAACACAACAUUACCCAAGAACGAUUUGGAAGAAGCCCAAACCUCACCUUCUACAGCAGCUGGCGAGACGACGGUGACCAAGGAGAACAACGCCACGACCAACGUCUUCAACACUUCGAAUGAAGCCUACAACGCCAUGUCGCAGAUGCAAUGUCGCUUUCCAUUCGACAUGAGCAGUUCGAUGCCGACAGACGUCUACAACGCCGGGAUACAAGCAGCGUCGAUGGCCACAAACUCGUGGGGCUACGGCUACCCUGGGUAUGGCCUCGGCUACGCCAACAAUAUGAGCGACAUGAUGGGAGGUAGGGAUUAACCCGACUUUAAAGCAAUAUUGUCAUGAGAUUAGUUUUAUUAUGGUUUACUUUUAUUGCGGUUUGUCCAUCAAAACUUUUGGGAACAUCGCUACCGUAGACUAAUCCAGAUGAUUAGGAUUUGUUCCUGCUGACAGCUGGGACUCCAGAAUAAAGUCGUAAAAGUAGUCCGCUCAACAUGUCUGCAGGCUUUGAAAGAUGCCGCCGGCACUAAAGCCGUAUGUUACCGUACAGCUUAUGAACUCGGGUUUAGAACUUUUGAAGAUAGGUUUAGAAUGGCAGCUUAUAGCAAAAUAAAUUUUAAAAAAGUUUUAUUUUGAAAUUUGUUUUUAAAAAAUUUGUUGCUCUAUUCAUUUUAUGCUAGCUUUGAUUCUAGCGCUCGAUAUGCUUAACUUUAACUUAAGAAUAUACUAUCUAGGUUUAUGCAAAUAGGUCAUAAAAUUGUCAAAAUUCAAACUUUUAAAACUUAAUUUAUGCAAAAACACCUUUCAAGUAGUGCCUAAAAGUUACAGUAAGCCGGUUGAGAUUCUGACGCAACUUGAUAACAGUCGGCCCUUUGCUUGGCCCGCUGUCUUUGGCGGUGUGUAAAUUUUAUUGCCGCGCGACCCAGAACACCUUUACGAUGUUGUGUGUGCUAUAUGGCUACGCGCGUGGCCUCGGUGUACUUUGAGGGGCUUCCGCCUAUCUUCGCUUUCCAUCGACGCUUUUAAUUACUGGAGUCGGAAACGGAAUCGACGAAGGUCGUCGCGCUCUACCGUAGUCUUUUCAGAAGCGAAAACCAAUUUGCUUUAAAUUUUGUUUCCACUCUCGAGACCGGCUUUUCGAGAAUGCGCGACCGUCUCAUCCCCGUUGGUCCGGUUUACGAUCGCUCGUAAAACGGUGCAACCGAGGUGGAGAGGAUAUGUUUGGGCAUUGACUCAUGCACAAACACAACUAUCCCUAAUUGGCAUAUAUGCAAAUUAAAACACGGUUACGUGGCUGUACAGUACGUUGUGUAGAAUCAGCAUACGUCGUGUAGAUUCAGAAUCUUUCUUAACAUGUAAACUAUUUUACUUUACAAAAUUAAAAAGUACCCUUUUUAUUUUUUAAAUUUGUCUUUAUGGCCCCCCUUUGCAUCAAGGUACUUAAAUACCCUUCGAAAAUAAAAAAUGGUUCAAAAUGCAAAUUAAUGAUUGGUACAGCUUUUGCAGAGUCUCAGCUGGAAUGGACAACAAGUGGUUCUCAACGGAAAAAGCGAAAACCGUACACAAAGAAUCAGACGAUCCAGCUGGAGCAGGAAUUCAGAAGUAAUCAGUACGUGACGAAACAGAAGCGCUACGAACUCUCGGUGACAUUACACUUGACAGAACGACAAGUCAAAAUAUGGUUUCAAGUAAGUUUUGGUUUUAAAAUUAGGGAAAGGGAAAACAUAUUUUUAUGAUUGUAGGCUGACUAUGAUGAGAGUUUAGUAUACUUGCGUUGACAUGGUACACUUAACUCCAAUUCUUAUUUUGCAUGAUGCUGUUUUGAAAACAAGUAACUUAACUUUCAAAAUCACAACUUCAAUAUUUUGUAAAUAUUUUGGUCGUAUUUUUUUGCCAUUUCGUAACAGUUACCGUAUAGUUUGUUGUUUACCGUCGGUAACAGAUGACUUAGGAAUGGUUAGCAUACUUUACACUACCUUCCAAGGGAGGCAGUAACUGAUGAAGUUGACGUCUAUUUAGACUCUUAAAGUAUUUUACAAAGAAAUUGUUUUCAAAAAGACUUUAGACGUUGAGAUACCAUGUUCUUAGCGUUUAUCACUAAGCAGAUAAGGUACCAAACUUUAAAUAUUGAAGACAUAAGUCAUAUUCUGAUAGAAGUAAUGUUAAACCUGAGAUUGUAAGUAUAUUGUAGUAAUCCUUAUCUUCCAGAAUCGACGAAUGAAGGACAAAAAGCAGAAGAAUCGAGGCGACGUCGCCGUCCUCCACCAGCCUCAUCACAACGGGCUGAUGUGA